AUGACGACUCCAACUCUGAUCAAUCUCCCUCCCCCGCCAUCUGAUCCAGUGACUCCAUCGGACAUGGGGCCAGGGACCCCGAACUCCGGUACGACUUCGUUGUCGGCCUUGUCAACAACCGCCAUCAAGGAUGGCCAUCAGGGUCAGCCUCAUCCUCACGGUCGUCACGCCCACCACUCCCAUUCCGCAUCCGCUACAUCCACCACCACGCUGGAAGCAGAACGCGCCGACCGGAUCUCGCGUUUAGCAGGCCUGGAACGAGUGGCUACGGCACGGGCGGGUGGCAAUCCACAGCCUACGGGCAUGGUGGCAGGGACUCAAUACCCCGGCUACUUUGACAGUGGCUCUGGGAUCAAAGAAAGAAGCACGGUAGGUAGUGCCAGUGCGACAGGCAGCGUGGGCGCCCGCACGACCUGGGCCAGUGGCAGUGAUGCGUUCGAUGCAGACCGAAUGAGUGAGUACCCGGAGGACGGGACGUCCAGUGUUGGCAACUACAGUGAUGAAGGAGACGCUAGCCUGGUGGCAUUCGGAGAAGGUGCCAGUACUAUUAGUGGCCCAACUUCACAUCUGCUGCUGAACCGAACGUCAUCGGGACAUCGACCGAGCUCCUUGGGUAGCCCUGGAGUGAGUCGUGCGAGCGCAUUCGCAUCCCACAGUCAGCAACACUCUGGGGAGGGCGCGAUGCUGCUGUCGACCCAGUCGCCGACCGGAUCCGUGACACCGGAACCUACACAAGAUGCGCGGAUGGUCGAUGGGAUGACGUUCGACUCGGAUGUGAUUGACACUACUGUGAGGACCCCGCGAUUGGCCACUCCCGCUCAAGGUGGCGAGCCGACUUUUUGA